UAAAGCGUGUUUUACGAAAUUUCAAAAUCAAAGUCCUUACUGGUAAACUCUCUCUCUCCUGUGAGCCUGCAAUUGCAACUCCCUCAAAAUUUCCAAGAAAGAACACUCUCUCCUCAAAAUUCUCAGUAAAGAAGAGUAGAAAGAAAGGAAAGGAAAGGAAGAGGAAGAGGAUGUACGAGGCUCAACGGUUUGUAGAUUUGCAGCAGAAUUCCAGCAAUUUUGGUGACCCAAAAUCAUGGCUUUCCGAAGACAGCAACAGCAAUUCUUCCCCGACUCACCUCCCAAAUCACUCUCAACUCGCUUCUUCUGCAAGUGGGAAUGUUGAUCGUGUCCUCUUCAACGAUCUUGUCGAAAUGGUUCCCCUCGUCCAGUCCCUCAUUGAUCGAAAAGUGAGCACUUCAUUUACACGGAGAGGUUCGGUGAUUUACACCAAGACUCCUUCUAGAGAAUCCUUAACCAGAAAGAUGAUUGAUCCUAGAGGCAGAAAUACUUGCCAAUCUAUUCCAACAAAAAAGAAAACGGACCAUGGUGAUAAGGAUCAAGGUAAAACUGCUAAUCAUAAUCAAGAUGCAGAUAGCUUUGCAAUCCUUUCUUCCUCCAGGGCUGUGCCGACAGGGAAGGAUGCUGAAGAGUUAAUCGCUUUGAGGGAGCAAGUGGAAGAUCUGCAAAGGAAAUUGUUGGAGAAAGACGAACUUUUGAAAUCAGCAGAAGUUUCAAAGAAUCAGAUGAAUGCUGUUCAUGCCAAAUUCGAUGAAGUCAAACUCGAAGUUGCAGAAAAGGACUCAUUAAUUAAGUCCACCCAGUUACAACUCUCCAAUGCAAAGAUUAAGCUCGCAGACAAGCAAGCUGCACUUGAAAAAUUACAGUGGGAGGUGAUGACGUCCAAUCAGAAAGUGGAAACACUCCAGCAAGAACUAGACUCCAUACAAGGAGGCAUUUCAUCAUUUAUGUUGGUAUUUGAAAACUUGUCAAAGAAUAAUUCCAUUCCAUAUGCUGAAGAUUACGAUAUCAAACCUUGCUAUUUGGACCAGCUUCCUGAUAUUGAUGAUUUAGAUGACACGGAGAUGCAAAAAAUGGAAGAAGCAAGAGAAGCUUACAUUGCUGCUGUUGCUUCUGCAAAAGAAAAGCAAGAUGAAAAAUCUAUUGCUGCCGCAGCCAGUGCCAGAUUGCAUCUUCAAUCAUUUGUUUUCAGAUCCAAUAAUAUGAAAGACGCAAAGGUUUCCCCAAGACAAAUACACUAACUUCUAUUCUUAUGAGCAAACUCUAGAGAAAGGCAUGAGAGCAUGUUCAAGGAGAAUCAGGCAUAUCCACUUGUGCAAUAUAUUCUGCAUACACUACCCAAGACAUGACCGCACAAAGUGUGCUGAACUAUGUUGAAAGUUCUCUUUAAUUAUUAUUUUAUUUUGCAUGUGUGUGUGUGUGUGUAUGGUUGCAGUAAGUUGCUUAUUGGAACUGGAUUGUGGAUGUAUUAUGAUUAUCAGUUCUAUGGUCUUUCGUUUUUCA